AUGACUUUAGUAUUGUUCAUCGUCCUGCUCGCCUUCCUCCCAGCUGAAUCUGCAAGCAGCAGAUACCUCCCCAAGGCAGCAUGUAACCCUGUGUUCGGACCGCGGCAGGUGUACGGUCUGCUCGACGGGUCGGUUACUGUGAAAUGCUUCUACCCUCCCACCAGCGUGAACAGACACGACAGAAAGUAUUGGUGCAGGGAAUCAGCCACGGGCUGCAGGACCGUCGUCUCCACCAGCGGCUACACCGCUGCAGGCUACCGAGGCAGAGCCUCCAUCACUGACUACCCCCAGGCAGAAAACUUCCAGAUCAAGAUCUGGAACCUUACAACGGCAGAUGCAGGCACCUACCAGUGUGGUAUUGGUAUCAACGGCAAAGGGCUCUCCUACCAAGUUGGUCUGGAUGUUUCUAAAGGUCCGCACGUCCCCGAGGGAGCCGAGCUCUUCUACGUGCAGCUCCACAGCACUUUGACCAUGUCCUGCAACUUUGGGGAGAGCUCCGUGGCCAUGAGGAAAUACUUGUGCAAGUUGGAGAAAGACGACUGCCAUGACAUCAUUGACAGCCACGGGAAUGUGGAUCAGGAUUACAUGGGGCGAAUUCUGCUGAGCAAUGUGGAACCUGCAGGCUCGUUCAGCAUCACGGUAACUCAGAUGGACUGGGAAGACUCUGGCUUGUACCUGUGCGGGGUCGGCUUCUAUGGGGAGAGUGGAGAAACAAAGGAACUGGAUGUGCAUGUCUAUGAGGAGUCAAAUGUUCCUCAAGGAAAGCCCGUAAUAAUUGGAGUAAAAGGAAGUUCUGCCACAUUUGAAUGCCACUACAACCCUCUAAGAACAUCCUCACUGAAGUACUGGUGCAAGUGGAGAAAUAACGGGUGCGCUCGGAUCAUAGACAGCGAAGGGUAUGUGUCAGGCUUGUAUGAAGGAAGAGUGGCCAUGUACGAGAACCCAGUUAACAACACAUUCACCGUCAUCCUGAACCAGCUGAAGGACAGUGACAAAGGCUAUUACUGGUGCAUGACGGACGAGGAGAAGGAGCAGAAAUCAUCAACUGAGCUGAAGAUCAUAGACGGAGAACCUGGGCUGCAGGGACCACAGGAAGUGGAGGCACAAGUGGGUUCACGGGUCAAUUUAACUUGCUCUUAUCCGUGCAAGUACUACUCCUACCAGAAGUACUGGUGCCAGUGGAGCAACACCGGCUGCCAGCCCAUGCUUGCUUCUGACCGAAGGCAGCCAGAGCCGAACGUUGCCUGUGACACUGACGACAGGACGGUUAUCCUGACCUUUGACCCGGUGGAAAAGACAGACCAAGGGUGGUACUGGUGUGGAGUGAAGCGCAGUGGCCUCUUCGGGGAAACCAUGGCAGUGUACCUGACGGUGACUGGAG